CGGUGAAUAGAAUAUAUAUUGGAGGGUCCCAAUCGCUGGGUGGGAGAGAGAUGCACACAUUCCUAACCUAUAGAUACCAAGAUAGAGAAUUGCCCCAUGGUCUAGGUCUUAGAGAUUUCACCUACGGUGAAAUCAUAGUUUGUGUAACCCUACAGGUCACUGAGAGACGAGUUGGAACAGUCUGAACGAUGCAAGGAAUAGAAAGGACGUACGGGGGUCGACAGUGAACGACCGACCUACAAAGAAACAGAUAAAGGUGAGCGUGACUCCUAUAAUAUGUACGAAUUCGGUAACCCCUCUCACUUCUGACGAAUAGUAUGGUUCAUAUAAAGAGAAAUAAAAGGCGAAGCAGAUGAAGUGGAAGUUAGGGGGGGUUCCCGACAUGGUGGAGAAGUGCUGGGAUCUGGCUGAGAAACCAGAGUUUUCAGUGUAUGGAGUCACACUCAGCCUAAGCGAUAGUAAAGUAGUUAAUAGUAUAUCAAGUCCUUUCUACUCUUUCAUUUAGUAAGUGAAAUGAAAAUUUAAGUGUGCAGUAAUGUCGCUGUUGAGCGAUGAUUAUGAUUGUUUAUUAUAAGUACAAUUCGGUAUAAAUAUUAUAUUGGUGUUAAAAUGUAAGAACUUGACCUUCCAACUAAUAGGUGGCAGUAUAGGUCAUUCUGAGCGCCAACGAAAGUCGUGUGGGAGCAGAGCCAACUUAAAAUUCAAAAAAGGAGAAAGAAAUUAGUCCAGGUAAGUUGGCAACAUUGGUUUCAGAGACGCGACGGGCACGCUGUUAGUUGAAAGUUUGAAUUUCCCGCUUUAAUUUGUUGUAGAUAGACCAUAGAACAAGCAAACAGGUGAUACCAACAUGACACAACACAGCACAUAGUGACAUAACAAAUUAUACAAAAUGGCGUCAAAGAGAAGUGUCUUAGUGUCUUACCUCCGGUAUACCUACUUCUUGAACAAUAAAAAUUUAAAGUACAAUUUAUGUGAAACGAAUUAUUGAAUAUACAUAUAUAUCAGAUUUAUUCAAUUAAUGGAUGGAAAUAAUAAUUUUCAACAAAUUGGAAAUCGAAUUACCCAAAGUGAUUAAUUGCAAAAGAAGUUCAAUCAUUAUCAUUUAACUUUGAUGACAGUAAGCAAGUGGUAAGUACGAUAGAAGCACAGGCCGUGUAUUAACUAUAAAAACCUUAAAUGUCUUGUUAUUUAUCGAGAAAAAGUUAAUUAGAGGGACAAAUACUCUUUUUAUCAAAUCAAUAAGUAGGUAUGUACUACUUACUUAGCUAGUUAGAUAGUACCUAUCAUUUAUAAAAGAGAUCAUUUAAGUUUGAAAUACAAUUUGAUAUUGUAGGUAUGGGAGAGAAAUGUAGUUUCUUAUGGUUUGUGAUAGGCUUAUUGAACUAAAAAAUUAUUAGAUUCUGCAUAUUCACCUUAUUAAAAGGAUCUUUAAAUUACUGUAUUGAGAUUUAAUAUUUGAAAGGGAUGAAACUUGACUUAACAAAACUCACACCUAGGUUCUUGUUUAGCUUGAGUAAAGGAAUCCUUGUAUCAUUCUAGUACAUAGUUGAGUACCUAGAUAAUUAGUAAAGAGUGAGGUUAGAUUCUUAAGGAGAAAAUCCUUUUGAAUUUAUUUUAAACAUUAUAGAGGAAGUAAUCUUACUUGAUAGUUGAAUGUGUAUGAAACAUGAACCUUUUAAGUUUCAUUUGACUGAAAUAACUUGUAAAUCAUAAUAGAUUGAGUGCAUUUAUACAAUUCCCUUUUUGAGAGAAAAUGGAUAAGUAAUUAUGCUUUAUUAAGAUGAGAGAAUACACAUAAAGUUUGACAAGUGAAGAUUUUAUUCCUUUGAUAUCUUGAGACAAUAUUAAGUUUCAUUUGACUUGUAAAAGUCUAAUUGAAUAAAAAUUAUUUUGAAUUUGAAUUUGAACUUUAAGUUGAUAUGUGUAUAAGGAUUAUGAAAUUUGAAAUGAUUUUUUUUACACUUCAAUUAUUAUCAUAGCAUAUUACAUAUACUAUUACAAUAGGUUAUGAAAGGAUAGUUUAAUUCUAUUAAAACUCUUUAAGAUAAGAAUUGAUCUUUGACAUUGGUAUUUAUUCAUUACUUUGACGUUGGUAUUUAUACUUAAUUAUUAUUUAUCCAUAACAAGGAAUACCUUGAUGUUUGGAUUUGUAUGUUAAGGGGGGUGUAACUCAGUGGAAGAGUAUCUGCUGGGCGGACAUAAGUAAUGACAUAGUAAAAGAUUAAAAGUGCUAUAAGGAUCUAGAUAUGAACGGAUGAUUAGACAAGCCAAUCUUAAUAUCUGUUCCAGAAUAUUCAUUAUGGAUGAACUAUUAUUAACGAGACUGAAACUUCUCGCCACUCAAAUAGAAACUCUCUCGAAUCAAGCUCUUAGUCUCGGCUCUCUGCACAAUGACUUAAUCUACAAUGCAGAAGUAAUCAAGACUAAAUUGCAAAACCUCUCGACGAGAUUAAACGAUGAUUUACAUAAUUACUUCAGAAUGAAUAAAACGGAGAUUUCAGCGACAAAUGGGGAACCUCGAAGUUUUCGUAAGAGACGGUUUUCACAACGGGAAGAACGUAAAGAACAGAGAGAAGAUACAACAUCAAAAGGAAGUAAUACGACAGAGGGUGAAGUUGUCUCGAAGAGGAUGAAAGUACCAUGCGUGUUUUGCAAAGGCGAUCACUACAACGACCUUUGUGAUAAAUAUAAAACAGCCAAGGAACGGAAGUCACGGUUAGGAGACAGAUGUUACGGUUGUCUCAUGAGAAAUCAUCGGAUCGCGCAGUGCUAUAACAAUAAAAAUUCUUGUUAUUAUUGUAAAAAACGUGGUCUACAUCACAGAGCAUUGUGUCCUCAGAAAUUUCCAUCUAAAACCGAAACCACCACUCUAACAGAGGUUGACAGAAGAUGACAUACGGUCCUUCAAACAGCAGUAGUGAUGGCACGAGGAGAUAGGAACAAGGAUAAACAGACACGAUGUCGUAUACUAUUCGAUUCAGGCUCUCAGAGAUCUUACAUUACCCAAAAAAUUGCGAAAAAAUUAAAUUUAUCAAUAGAGAAGGAUGAAAAUUUGUCUGUCUAUACCUUUGGUUCAAGAAGUCCUCGAGAAUUUAAUAGUCCAGUAGUUCAACUAGAGUUAGAGACUAAAUCUAAAAAAGGAAAAAUCAUUUAUGCAAACAUUGUGCCUAUGAUUUCUCAAAGCGUACCCUAUGCUGAAGAACUUAACAAUUGGAGAUACAAGGUAAAACUUGCAGAUGACGGAUCGUUAACAGAUCAAGUUGAUAUUCUUAUUGGAAAUGAUUAUUAUUAUUCGUUUCUUCAUCCAGAGAAAAUACGAAUAAGUGAAGACUUAUACCUAGUAGAUUCUGAGUUCGGAUGGAUACUAUCAGGUCAGGGUCCACGUAGAGAUAUAGAAGAACAACACAUGUCAGUUAUCACAUAUUUUCAAACAGAGAUAGAUUUUAAAUUUAACAAACCUGACAUGCCUUUAGAUCAAGGAAGUAUAGCAUUCUUGUGGGAACUAGAGUCAAUUGGCAUAACCGAUUCACCUAAAAUUACACGAGAGGAAGAGGCUAUUCAUAAAUUCAACGAGACUACUAAAUUAAUUAACAAUAGAUAUCAUGUCAGUUGGCCGUGGAACGAAUACCCACCGUCACUAACACCUAACUAUGGAUUAGCAUAUGGUCGUUUAGUAAAUUUAGUCAAGCGGUUAGAUAAGGAAACCCUAAAGUCCUAUAAUGAUGCUAUACAGGAACAAAUAUCGAAAGGAAUAGUCGAAGAAGUAUUAGACAAGACCCGUGUAGAACAUCCAGUACAUUAUCUACCACAUCAUUGCGUUGCUCAGAAGAAUAAACCUAUUAGGAUUGUCUAUGAUGCCUCAUCGAAAAUUAAAGGCAAUAAAAGUUUGAACGAAUGUCUGUAUUGCGGUCCAUUGAUGUUAGAAGAUUUAACAUGUAUACUUAUUAGAUUUCGAAGUCAUAACAUUGCUUUAUCAGCAGAUGUCGAGAAGGCUUUCCUUCAAAUAGGAUUACAUGAAAAGGAUCGCGACGUAACGAGAUUUAUUUGGUUGAAAGAUGUCGAAAAACCACCACAUGUAGAUAACAUUAUCUGUCUAAGGUUUUGUAGAGUUCCUUUCGGAAUUAUAUCUAGUCCGUUCUUAUUAAAUGCGACAAUUAAACAUCAUCUUUCUAAAGGAAAUGAACAGCUACAACUAAUUGCUAAAGAUAUUUAUGUUGAUAAUUUAGUAACUGGGGUUCAAACACUUGACGAGGCUAUCCAAAUAUAUCAAGACACAAGGGAUACGUUUGGACAAAUUUCAAUGAACCUUAGAGAUUGGAGUUCAAAUUCGAAACAAUUUAUGAAUAGAAUACCCGAUGGUGUUGAAGAAAAGGUUGUAAAAAUUUUAGGCCUAGAUUGGAAUUUAAAACAUGAUACGUUACAUGUAAAGUUCACGUUAACCACCGAAGCAUAUUCUAAACGGGAAGUAUUGAAGGUAAUCGCUUCGAUAUACGAUCCUUGUGGAUUCGGAGUACCACAUGUUUUAUCAGCUAAGCUAUUUCUACAAGAACUUUGGAAGACUAAAGUUAAAUGGGAUACGAAGUUUUCAAAAGAAAUGCAAGAUAAAUGGUCAGAAAUCCGAAAAGAAUUAGAGACUAUUAGAGGAAUAUCGAUACCUAGAUGCUAUAUAAAAAAUGUAAAAAGCGAAGAAUAUCAUUUGCAUUGUUUCACAGACGCUUCACUCAAAGCGUAUGCUGCAGUAGUAUACAUAACACAUGGUGCUAAGACAAGUUUUGUCAUAGGAAAAACACGAUUAGUCCCUAUAAAGGAUCAACAACAUUUAAAAUUUCCUCGGCUAGAAUUGCUAGGAGCUUUAAUUGGUUGCAGACUAAUUAAGAUGGUUUUAAAAGCAUUUAACAUGAAAUUAGGAUAUCAAACAUUAUGGACUGAUAGUCAAAUUGUCAUAGAAUGGUGCCAAUCGGAUAAAUUGCUUCCACCAUUCGUAUCUAGACGAGUUGAGGAAAUAAGGAGUAAUAAAGAGCUCAUGAUUAAGUAUGUUCCUUCAGAGUUGAAUCCGGCAGAUAUUGCAACCAGACCGAUGAGUUCCAACGAAGACAAGGAAAGAUGGCUUACAGGUCCACAGUUUUUAUCAGAAUCCGACAAACAGAAAACGCCUGUGAAAUACAUGUCACAGUCAUUUUUUCUUUCGACGCGGGAGGGUCUGCCGAAUACCUCUAAAGAAAAGGAUAGUAAUCUAGAGCUACAAAACAACUUCUCAGGAGAAAGUAUUAGAGCCAAAGAAGAUAGCAGAACUAGUUACAAAGAAUCGCUUUGUAUUACGGAAACAAUAAAGAAGCUACAAGCAGAAUACUUCACUCAGGAAGUUGCGGGGAAAGAAACUGAUUUAAGUCGUAAUCUCAAGUUAUUUAAGGAUGUUGAUGGAUUACUACGGUGUAAAGGACGUCUUCAGAAUGCAGAACUAUCGUUUGACAAACGGUACCCUAUAUUGAUACCUAAGGAAUGUGACUUUACGAAUAACCUUAUAAAGAAAGUUCACAAUGAUAAUUAUCAUGUAGGAGCGAAUCAUACACUUAGUCUCAUCAGACAGUCAUAUUGGAUACCAAAAGGUAAAUCUCAGAUUCAGAGGAUAUUGAAGAAAUGUCCAAGGUGUAUUAAACAUGGAGCGGGUCCAUUUAAGUUACCACCUACUCCAGCGCUUCCUGUAGAAAGAGUAGGUUACAGCGAACCAUUUACCUUUGUAGGGAUAGACUAUAUGGGUCCUGUUCUUGUCAAGAGUGGACAAAAGAGAUGGAUCUGUUUAUUCACUUGUUUAGCGGUGAGAGCUAUUCAUUUAGAAUUAGUGCAAGAUCUUACAGCGGAGGAAGGUUUAUUGGCGUUGAGAAGGACAAUAGCAACCAGAAAGGUCCCUCAACUCAUUACAUCAGACAACGCGACACAUUUCAAACUUAUAGCAGAGAUUCUCUCGAAACAAUAUUGUAUUGACAACAAAAUUCAAUGGAAGUUCAUACCUCAGUUGACGCCUUGGUUUGGUGGAUUUUACGAAAGAUUGAUAGGGAUAGUUAAGAAUUGUAUGAAGCGUACACUAGCAAAGCACAUGCUUUCAGAUAGUCAACUAACUACCGUAGUCAAGGAAAUUGAAGCUGUAAUAAAUUCAAGACCGCUUACAUGUGUAGAUUCAGAGUUGGAUAUAAUUCUAAAACCAGCUGAUUUUCUUACACUAGGAAGUUGUAUCACUAUAGAAGGAACUGUCGAAGAUUGUCUAGAGAAAGGUACUACGAUUAAAGUCGAUCUUAUAAAAAGUUGGAAGAGGGGUCUCAUCAUCGUAAGAGAAUUCAAAGAUAUGUUUGUUAACAGAUAUUUACUAAGUCUCCGAGAAAGGUAUCAGCACUCACAUAAAGAGCCACGUGUCACAUCGAAACAGUCUCCGGCGAUAGGACAGAUAGUGCAAAUAAAAGGAGAAAAUAAAAAUAGAGAAACCUGGAGAGUAGGAAAAAUUGUUUCACUGAAAGAAGGAAGUGAUGGUUUAUGUAGAGUAGCCAUAGUAAAGGUUGGAGAUAAGAAUUUCACACGGUCAAUAGCGCAUCUGUACCCUCUAGAGGUUCAAGAGUCAGAGGAAGACAUGGAAGAAAGAUUUAUAAGAGAUGAUACUUCGAGUGAGCUUGCUUCUGCCACGUUAGCCGAGCCUUUGGAAGAGAGUACCGACAGACAGAUAACUAUCUCAGAGGGGAUAGCUCAAGAAGAGAACUCACCUAUGAUCCAAAUAGACGAACCCAUUCAGGAGACAAUGGAGUGUGAAACCUUAGAGAGUGAAAGUAGAGAAUCUAUUGGGGAUGUUAUUGAUUCAGAGGAAGUCGGGACACUAGCGAGAGACGAGGAGAAGGAAGAAGAUGGUAGAGUGGGUAGAGUGAGGAGAGUUGCGGCCACUAAAGCCCUACAGAGGAUUAAAGAGUGGACGAACAACUUAUUAUGCCUAUUUUGA